UCUUUUUUCCGAGUUUACUUGAAUCUGUCUUGGCAGCAUUUGAGGAGGCUGUCCUUGGGUAGCAAUGCUAGCUAAAGCUAGCUAAAACAACGAGUAUAAACCAUUCGUUUAAGUCAAUGGGAAGUCGUCGAUUCUGUGACUGCCACCCAGCCGUCGGGUAAAAGUGCCCAGGGUCGGGCUAAUGUCAUCCAGUCAGGUGGACAAGGGGGSUGUCUCUCAGGCUGCCCCAAACAACAACACCCUGGACCCGUUUGAUAACCCCUGUCAAACUGCAGGGGUAUGCAGCACACCUGAGGCACAGGUUUUGCCUGUGUCGGGUGAGGCRUCUCCUUCUUCCACAUUCUCUUUUGAGAUGGUUGACAUGGAAUCAGUUCCACCUCCGUACCAAGAAGUGCAACCUCACUGGUUCUUCUGUCGUCGAGCUGAUGACAACACCUUCUGGAUUCCUUUCAGCAGAGAGGACUCUGACAAGCUAGAGAAUGCUUUGAACUCUGUAACAAAUAAGGAGGAUGUGGUGGUGGCUGUKGAUGGGGAACGAUAUGAUGUACAUGUUAAGGAGAGGAAGCGUUACKCUGUGUAUUGGGAGCAGGCUCCCACUGAGGUCCGCCGCUGCACCUGGUUCUACAAAGGUGAUAAAGACACCAGAUUCAUGCCUUACCCCGAGGAUUUCAGCACCAGUCUGGAGGAAGCCUACAUGAUAGCUGUGACUUUGGAUGAAUGGAAACGGAAACUAGACUUUCCCACCGGUGAGACUGUCAUCUUACACAAUCCUAAGCUGAUAAUGCAGUAUCAGCCAAUUGGACUGCAGGAUGACUGGGUUUCCUCCCCCUCAGAGCAAACACGACCUCGCACAGUCAAGAGGGGAGUUGAUGACAUCUCUGUAGAAAUACCUGAUGGUGAACCAGAGAAUGUGGACCACCUUGUUUUUAUGGUGCAUGGCAUUGGACCUGCCUGUGACUUGCGCUUCAGGUCUAUUAUACAGUGUGUAAAUGACUUCAGGAGUGCUUCAUUGUCUCUCCUGGCCUCACAUUACAAGUUGGCUCAGCAGGAUGGCCAGGUGGGCAAAGUGGAGUUCCUCCCUGUUAACUGGCACAGUGCUCUGCAUGGAGAUGCUACUGGAGUGGAUGAGGACAUACAGAGGAUCACUCUACCCAGCAUCAGUAGGUUGAGACAUUUCACCAACGACACACUUUUGGACCUAUUUUUCUACAACAGCCCCACCUACUGUCAGACCAUAGUGGACACGGUGGCCUCAGAGAUCAACCGGUUGCACGCCCUCUUUAAGCAGCGACACCCAGAGUUCAAUGGGGCGGUUUCUGUGGCAGGACACAGCCUGGGUUCUUUGAUCCUGUUUGACCUGUUAACCAAUCAGAGGAAUGCAUCCCGAUCAAGAGAGGGGGCACCUUCUGGAGRUUCUAGAAUGAACAGUGACACAUUGGAGCAGACACUGACCAGACUGGGUCUUCACCAAUACCUGAGUACGCUGCAGGCAGAAAACCUUGACCUGGAAUCUCUGGCUCUCUGCCAAGACAGUGAUCUUCGAGAUAUAGGAAUCCCGCUUGGACCUCGGAAGAAGAUCUUGAAYUACAUCAAGAGAAAGUGGCUUCCUGAGGACUGUAAGGUAUCUGCAGCACAUCAAGGACAGGAAUCUCAAGUUCCACCGAAUGUGACCAGUGGUGGUAACCAGUCUUCAGAAUCGACAUUCCCGCAGUCGCACUUCCACAGAGCGCAGUCCGUCACCAGUGCAGUGGACUAUGAAUACUUCGAUGUCGGCAUCGGACAGGUAUCUAUUGAUUACCCUCAGCUAGCAUUCCACCCUCAGACAUUUUUUGCUUUUGGCUCUCCUAUUGGAAUGUUUCUGACUGUACGUGGACUGAAACGCAUCGAUCCAAACUACUCCUUCCCAACUUGCAAAAGCUUUUACAACAUCUACCACCCAUAUGACCCUGUUGCUUAUCGGAUAGAGCCAAUGAUUGUUUCAGAAGUGGAUGUGGAGCCAAUGCUAAUACCUCACCACAAAGGCCGAAAGAGGAUGCAUCUGGAAAUAAAAGACAGCUUCACCAGGAUGAGUAUGGAUUUGAAGAACAAUGUGCUGGGGUCCUUACGGACAGCRUGGCUGUCCUUUACUAGGCUACCAGUUGCUGCACUGCCGCCAGUGGAGGAAGGUGGAACUACAAAUGAGACAAACGCUCRGAGUCAGGAAGCACAAGCCUCAGCAGCUGGUGCUGCUUCUGCUAAGAGAGAGGACAAAAGUGCUGAUAUUUGGACUAAAAUACUGGAGUGGCSAAAGGCCCUUGAAAAUCAUUACUUAAAAGCUCCAGCAGCAGAAGUGGAGGCUGAGUCCUCAGUGUCAGCAGAGCAGAUGGAGCAGCCUGAAAUAAAAAUGGGGAUGCUGAACGGAGGACGACGGAUCGACUACGUGCUUCAGGAAAAACCCAUUGAGAGCUUCAACGAGUACUUGUUUGCCAUCCAGUCUCAUCUCUGCUACUGGGAAUCUGAGGACACAGCUCUGCUGCUGCUGAAGGAAAUAUACGACAAGCUUGGUGUGGCUUUGGAGCAGCCACAGCAGUGCUGAACUUGUAUGAAUGUAGAUUUGCUUUCAUGACAUUGAUCUGAAAAUGAAGGACGUCUGAYAGAGCCAGAGAUGGGACAAUCUUCUCCUGAAUGCCUUUCUGCCUGUGUGUCACUGACUGCCACAGUCCCUGCUCCUCUCACACAGGAAACAUUUAGUGGAGGGACGGCUUUUUGCUGUUUCCGCUGUUUGGAUGAAGUUUUGAUAGUUUUUUAAGGUCCGAUAACCCAUAAACUCAUAGCACUUUUUGGUGAGUUCUUUUGCUUUGAUUUGCACUUUCACCUUCACUGAGCUAAUGUUGGAAUAAACAAAAGAUUGUAAUUACCAGGGAAAAAAAACACCUUCUGUGCUCAUUAAAAUUGAAUGCACUGCAUGUCACAUUGAAAUUAUUUUCAGUUGGUAUUUCCUUUGCAUCUCAGGAAAGAAAAAGUUUAAAAUUACAAUCUGAUCUUUAAAAUUCAAAUUAUUUUAAGUGGAUCUUUAUAAAGAACUAGUUAAAGAUUUUUUUGAUUUUCUAAUGAGGAAAAUGAAGGUGGAUGUUUUGUCUGUUACAAAUUUCAAUGAGGGCAGAUUUAUUUCUUCUCCUCUGGCACUGAAGCAACUUGAUAACCAAAGCUGCCACUCACAUUUGUGCAAUAAUAUAAUAUUAUAUGUUUUUAUCUUUUAAUUUUACAUAGUCCUUGGUGUUCACUUUGCCUUCUUAUCCCAGCUUGAUUUAAUUAUAAUCUGUGUUCUGUUUGUCAUAUGUAUCAUAACUGAAGUAAUUCUCUGAAUGACUUGCUGAAGCAGAAAUAAACAAAUGCAGAUUCAUUAACAGGCAACAGGGUUGUCUGCACUAUCCUGUGUGUAAAGUAUGUAAACCAAGUUUAUUAGUUUCUGUUUACAGUCCAUAACUCCACUAUAUAAAAUAUUCUGAAACCGACUAUGAUUUAAUGUGUAAAUCCCUUUCUUUUAUGUCAUCUUGGGGUUACAUCAUAAUAAUAUAUCUGGUUUGUUUUUUUUGUUUUUAAUGUUUAGUCACCAAAUUUUUCUGUCUGUACUGAAUGCACUUUUUUUUUGGACACUCUUGUCCUUAUCAGCAUUCAGAUACUUUUCAUAUAUAAAAGAAUAAAAGCAAAUGAAAAAAUAUUCAGAAAUAUUUAGUUGUUUCACUUUAUACCUGUCAUUAUUUUCUAAGCAUAUUUCAGUGUGUCAGUGUUAUGAAAUAAUUUGGUUCUGUACAUCAGCUACAUAAGCUUUUCAGAACACUUAAUUUUUUUUGUUUGUAUAAUUUAAAAUGUACUGGUUGUACACAUUUAGGGGACUUAAGUCCUUCACCAAAGCUCUAGACGAUUUGUUUGCAUCCCAUAUUCUGGGUGUAGCAAUUUAUAAAUCAUGGGGUCCUUUUCAUCUAACUGCAAAGAUUUAACAAUGUUGUUUUGAACAUCAUUAUUGUCUGCAAAUUUCACUGUCAUAAAAUGUAACAGCAGGAUAUUAAUAUCCCUGACAUUUUUUUUUUCAUUUUCACCAGGCAUUUGAUAAUAAUGUGUUGAUUUAACCAAAAUUAAAGAAUUUCUCUGAAUACAUAGCUUGUAAAGAUGGUUACAUGUUUUAUGUGCCAUAAUAAAAUAAUUACUUGUG